AUGGCGCGCGGAAGACUUUCGUCUGCCCUGGUGCUGGUUGCAGUGGCGAGCCUUGCCUUGAAAAGCAUCACUGAGGUCUUCGUUGCUCCCCUCAGCAGGAGAGAUGCACUCCAGGCAACUGGUUUCUCUAUGACCACUCUUGGCAGCCAGGCAGUCUGGGCCGAUGCGCAGGGCGAGCCCACCGCAUGCCUUAUUAGGUAUGGGCCCCAGAUCUUGAAGCUGAAGGAUGCCGUUGAUGCGGGUGACAUGCAAGCCAUUCUGAAGAAGGAGCCAAAGUUCAAGCUGCUGAACAGCUACUGGCGCAACGACCCGGCCCUGUUUGAAAAGUACUCCACCCUGUCGGAGAAGCUGCUGGAGGCUGCCGAUGAGGGAAAGAAGGAUGAAGUGAAGAAGCUCUACCAGGAAUACACGUCGGAUUCAGUCUUUGAGCCCUUGAAGCAGCCCAUCAAGCGCAACAAGUUCACCAUGACCAUGUUCUCCUAUGGUGCCGGCAAGUCAUACAACGACGCGUGAGCAGAUCAGCCUAGAGGGGAGUAGGGUAGUUUAAACAUCGCAGGGCACAGACGACAGACGGUUGGUAGCUUCGUAGCUUCAACCGGUGUUUUGUGAAACCAGCUUUUUUGAUAGCCUUCUGCGGCCU